GGUUACUCCGAGGAGGUGGAGGAGGAGGAAGGCUUCUUCCACCACCAGCUCCUCCAACCGAUACGGUCAUACACCGGGAUACGGGGCCCCGCAGGCACUGGAUAAGCUCUGCGCGGGCAAGAUGGCCGUCACCCUGGAGGCGAUCAGGAGGAUGGGAUUUCUCAUUUUGAAAAUGGUUUUACGGUUCGCCUUCAUGGUGGUCAACAACAUGGUCGCCAUUCCGUCCUACGUGUUCUAUUUAAUAGCUCUGCAGCCGCUCAGACUUCUAGACCGUAAACUCUUCUGGUAUAUAGAAGGGGUCAUGUUUAAAUGGCUCUUGGCGAUGGUGGCGUCCUGGGGCUGGACAGCGGGGUACACAGUCAUUGAAUGGGGCGACGACGUCCACACGAUCACAGAAGACGAAGCUGUAAUGUUGGUGAAUCAUCAAGCAACGGGGGACGUCUGCACGCUGAUGAUGUGCCUGCAGGACAAAGGCAUGGUCGUCCGGCAGAUGAUGUGGUUAAUGGACCAUAUUUUCAAAUACACCAAUUUCGGGGUGGUGUCUCUUGUGCACGGAGAUUUUUUCAUACGACAGGGUAAAGCUUACCGUGACCAGCAGCUGGUCCUCCUGAAGGUCCAUCUAGAAAAAUACUACAGGAGUCGAGACCGAAAGUGGAUCAUCUUAUUUCCAGAGGGCGGCUUUCUCAGGAAAAGAAGGGAAACAAGCCAGUUAUAUGCCAAAAAAAAUAACUUGCCAUUUAUUACUCACGUCACCCUCCCGAGACUGGGGGCGACACAAGUGAUCCUGAACACGUUGCUGGCACAGCAAGAGAAUGGCACUCCAGCAGGGGGUGACAUGCCUCACGUGGAUCGGAAACCUAAAGGCUUACAGUGGGUAAUAGACACCACCAUUGGAUACCCAGAUGCAAAUCCUAUGGACAUUCAAACAUGGAUUCUGGGCUAUCGGCCACCUACUGUCACACAUGUGUACUACAGAAUUUAUCCCAUCAAAGAAGUUCCCAUGGAAACAGAAGCGUUAACAGAUUGGUUAUAUCAGCGCUUUGUUGAAAAAGAAGAGCUUUUGUCACAUUUUUAUAAAACAGGUGCUUUCCCUCCCGUGCCAGGACAGAAGAAAGCUGUGCCCAGAGAGAUGACCCUAAACAACAUCUGGCUCUUCCUUGUACAGUCGCUGGCGUUUUUGUCAGGGUACAUGUGGUACUGCGUUCUCCACUAUUUUUAUCAAUGCCUAUUUUAAAAAAAAUAAAAAAUCUCAUUGGGACCUGAGGACUUUAAAUGUAGGAAAUUUCAAGCUCUUGCGUAAGAGCAUCAUGUUAUCUGUGUGAAUGUGAAGAACACCACAGUCGAGGAGAUAGCUGACUUGUUCAUUUUUUUUUCAUUUUUUUUUAUAUAUAAUUUUUUCUUUUUCAAAUUUUUUUUUUUUUUUUUUUUCAUUUUACGCUCCACUCGGGGCCGUUUUAAAGUCAUGAUAUAACGGAUCUAUGUCGGUGACCUGCUAAUGUAUUUUUAGCAAAACAGACAGAAGUCUUUCUCGACCUUUCAGCGAGGAAAGGUUGUUCGCGACUGGAUGCAUCAAAAUGGAAAGAAGACAAGUGAGCGUGGCGAGUGCUUGGUCUUCGAGUGCAAAGUCUUUGGGUGAAACUGCUCCGUACCCCUCACAAAAAGAAAAGACUGUGAAAUGCAUUUGUCACGUUUUUGCUUUCGGCCCCAACACCCAAGGAACAUGUUGUCCGGUGAGGCUCCAGAAACCUGUCCUGUCCUUCAUGACAUUACGUGUAUCCAUCCUGAAGAUCAAGACGUUUUCCGUAGACCACAGCGCACCUGGUUUACUCAUACAAGUGUCAUCUCUAUGGAGAAGUGUCUGUAAAGUUGACGAUUUCUUUCUUUCUUUUUUUUGUUAGUAUGCACCAUUUUUUUUGUAUGUGGGUUUUAUCAAUGUAGUAAUUUUUUUUUCUUCCUUAAUUGCACUUUUACGACACACAGUUCUCAUUCUGUGGACUCUCUCUCUCCGUUUUUCCAAUAAGUGCUGAAAAAUUUUAGAUACCCAUCUGAGCGUUCGUCAAGGCUGAAAUGUCUUACUUCAUUAGCGUCCUCGUUGUGUUUCCAUGGCGCGGUUUCUAUGUCUGACAAGCAGGGGAAGUGGCCGGGAGAAUUUUAUUGUAUUUGCCAAUCUGGGGGGGGGGGUUUGACUCUGACCAUAUGUGACCAAUAUUCUUCUCCUCGAUCUGAGGGGACAAUGUGUCAGCUCAAUUUCUACACCGCGCUGACUGCUUUCAAGUUUUAGGGCAGUGUCAUGGCACGGAGUCCAGAUGUCGCUUGUUCCACAUGAUGGUCAAUGCCACGUAAAAGGCGAAUUUCGGGGGCGGUUCUGAUGACUGAGCCCAAGUGUCGAGGCCGGGGCAUCACCAUUCACUGUACGCUGCCUAUGGAGAUGUCCGUUUUUUUUUUACUACGAUGAGUAAUGCUAGUGAACUGUCGAGCUCCAGUCUAGCACUGGCCGUAGAUAUUGUAGAAGUCUGCCAUUAGCGACGGUUAUUCCGGAGGCCGGCACCCAUCAGAAUACGGUUCUUUCAGACUGAAUGGGGAUGUCGGCCCAUGAUGAACGACCGUUCCUGACAACGGGCAUGUGAGUUUUCAAUGUGGGUUCACGUAGGGCACCACAAGCGGACGCUAGGCUCUUUGUGUUGGCCAUCCCUGUGCCCACAGCCUCUCAUGUCGAGGAUGAAGGGGGUGGAGUUGAAGCCAUACUGUGUUCCUAUAGAGUAAUGUGUUCCCCCCCCCCCCGUCCUUUUGAUAUGUAUAUUGCAAAGUAGCUGCCCUGUCACAUUAAACAUAUCCGUAUGCAGCAGUGGUUUGUAGACUGUGGCCCUCAAGCCAUUGCAAAACUACAACGCCCAGCAUGCCCUGACAGCUGGAGAACAAUGGUCUGCUAUAGAGAGGUUGCGUUAGGUUGGAAAAAUAUGGCGGCUUUCUUCCAAAACCAGCAGCACACCUUGUCUGCAGGUUCUGAGUGGUAUUGCUGUUCAGGGGUGGUGCCGUUUCUGGAAGAAAACUGUUUUUGUUUUGUUUUUCCUCGCUUAAAAGGGAAGUAUUUCUACUGUGCUACGUGUUACCGGAGUUGUCGGGGUUCUGGGUGCACUUUAGAUUUGGUUUACGUUGUCCUCCUGUGUAUGUUGUCACUGUGAUGUCAUCAGCAGAAGAGAUAUGCCUUUUAGAUGAUUUCAAGGAGCUUGUAUUUUAUAUAUUUUUUUAUUUUUUUUGUCGUCUCAACGAGCCCACCAUCAAACAGUUCUUGUUAUCCAUCCAGACGGGAUGAGGGAUUGUGCUGCCAUUUGACCCCCCAUACGGUGGGAAUUGUUUUGUACGUUGAUAUGAAAAUCUAUCAUUAAAAAAAAAUAAUAUUGCCAAACGAAUGCAGCGCAGGAUUUAUAAAGACACAUGAUUUGACCCAGAUUUUAUUAAAAGCAAAAAAAAAAAAAAAACGAAACUUUU